AUGGAGAAGCUCAAGACCCUCCUCGUUGCUAACCGCGGCGAGAUCGCGACGCGUAUCAUCCGAACGUCCAAGGAGCUUGGGAUCCGUACCAUCUCCAUCUACACGGCUGCUGAUGCAGCUUCUACACACGUGGGCAACGCCGAUGAGGCGGUGUUGCUGAGUGGGCUGGACUCGAAGGCGUACCUAGAUGGCGAACAGAUCGUGGAAAUAGCAAAGGCCAGGAAAGUUGAUGCCAUCAUUCCUGGUUAUGGCUUCCUCUCAGAGAAUACCGAGUUUGCCAAGCAGGUCAUGGACGCGGGAAUGGUGUUUGCGGGUCCCAGUCCUAAGGCUAUCGACGCCUUCGGCAUCAAGCAUACCGCCAGAGAGCUAGCUCAGAAGGCUGACGUGCCCAUUGUGCCUGGGACCAAAGGCCUAGUCUCCUCGGAACAGGAGGCAGUCGAUGAAGCCAACAAGCUGGGCUACCCGGUCAUGCUGAAAGCUACAGCUGGUGGUGGUGGUAUGGGCUUGCUAACUUGUCCCGACGAGAAGACUGUUCGAGAGUCAUUCAAGACUGUCCAAUCCCGGGGCGCGACCCUCUUCAAGAACUCUGGUCUAUUUAUCGAGAAGUAUUAUCCGUCAUCUCACCACAUUGAGGUACAAGUCUUUGGCAACGGCCAGGGGAAGGCGAUUCACUUCGGCGAGCGUGAAUGCUCGAUUCAGAGAAGACAUCAGAAAGUCAUUGAAGAGUGCCCCAGCCCUUUUGUCACUCAACAUCCAGAGCUUCGCGAGAAGCUCGGUGCUGCAGCGGUGCGCCUUGCCGAGUCAAUCCAGUAUGGCUCGGCAGGGACCAUCGAGUAUCUUGUGGACGACGAGUCCGGCAAAUUCUUCUUCCUCGAGAUGAAUACGCGACUGCAGGUUGAGCAUGGCAUCACAGAGCUUUGCUACGGCGUGGAUCUUGUUGAGCUAAUGCUCCGUCAAGCGGAUGCCGAGCUGCAAGGCAAGGGGGGUCUUGACGCUGACUAUCUGGCGAAGUUACAGCCAUCUGGCCCCAAGGGCGCGGCUGUGGAAGCUCGCAUUUAUGCUGAAAAUCCCGCCAAAGACUACGCGCCAUCGCCGGGAAUUUUACAGGAGGUGGAGUGGAAACAAGUGCCUGGCUCGCGGAUUGAUACAUGGAUCCACAGAGGUACCAAAGUAACAGCAAAUUACGACCCUCUCCUAGCAAAGGCCAUGGUGCACGCCGGCUCUCGAGAUGCAGCUGUGGAAAGCAUGCUGGAGUUGCUCGGAGGCUCCAAGAUCCUUGGACCACCAACAAAUCUGGACUUUCUGGCAGCAGUCCUGGAUGAUCCGACUGUGAAAUCCGGGAAGACCUUGACAAAAUUCCUCUCCACCUUCAACUAUGCGCCUGCUGCUAUCGAUGUCAUCCAGGGGGGCGCUUAUACGCUUGUUGAAGACUGGCCCGGACGUCCAACCGUUGGCAGAGGUUUCUCGCACGCUGGUCCUAUGGAUCCACUGGCCUUCCGAAUUGCCAACUCGCUAGUCGGAAACGAUCAGGGCAUCGCUGGGCUCGAGAUAACCUUGAGUGGCCCAGAGCUCAAGUUCCUUGGUCCGGCGAUCGUUGCUCAUUGCGGUGCACCAAUGGAAAUCACUCUCGACGGCAAGUCCGUUCCUAUGUGGACGCGACUGAAGGUGGAGGCUGGCCAGCGUCUGAAGAUUGGCAAGUGCACCGGUGGCGGAUGCAGAUCUUACCUCGCCAUCCACGGCGGCCUCCCUACCAUUGCUGAAUGGUUUGGUAGCAAGUCAACGGCGCCAAUGACCGCCGUCGGCGGCUACCAGGGCCGAGCUCUCGCAGCUGGAGACCUUUUGGGCAUUGCUAAAGACCUACCGGACAUCAGGGGUGAGCUCAAGAUCCCUGACAAGCUUGUUCCCAAGUACCCUGAUGAAUGGCACAUCUUCUCAAUGCCGGGACCAUAUGAUGAAGGGUUCAUCACGGAAGAAGCAAUCGAACAACUUUACCAACAGGAAUGGACUGUUUCACACAACGCCGCACGCGGCGGCAUCCGUCUGUUGGGGGGCAAAGCCAAAUGGGCCCGGUCUGAUGGAGGUGAGGGCGGUGCCCAUCCCAGCAACGUCAUCGAGUAUGGCUAUCCUGUUGGAGCGUUGAACUGGACUGGUGACGAUCCAGUGCUCUUCCCCGUCGACGCGCCCGAUCUGGGCGGUUUUGUCUGCAGUACUACGAUCGUCAAAGCCGAGUUCUGGCGCUUUGGUCAGGUGAAAGCUGGCAACAAGUUGAAAUUCGUGCGAGUGUCCUAUCAGGAUGCGAUCGCGAAGCGCAAGGAAGUCGAAGAAUAUUUGAGCUCUGUUGAUGAUUGUUGCGAGAACAAAGGAAGCUUCGAUGAUGUGUUCCCCUUGAAGUAUGAGGGCCUGCCGCCUUCAGCACAAUCAGAGACGAAAGAGAAGGCCAUCAUUCAUCAGAUACCAGAAAAGGGAAACAAUCCUUUAGCCUCCUACCGACAGGGUGGCGAUGACUUUAUCCUUGUUGACUACGGCCAUGGCGCCUUCAACCUGAACUAUCGAUGUCGCGCUGUUGCUCUGUACAGAAAGCUGAAAGAGCACAAGGGCGACAUCUCAUUCGACGCCGGCACUAUCUACACUGGUAUGGCCUGUGGCAAUUCCUUGAUGGUCUACUACAACUCUCUCAAGGUUGGACGAGACAACAUGAUGAAGCUCCUGCUGAGGCUUGAGGAGGAACUGGGCGAUUUGAGCGAAGCCAAGUAUCCCAGCCGGAUUUACAAGCUUCCGAUUGCCUUCAACCAUACAAAGCAGAAGGAGAGUCUGAAGCGUUACAUGGAAACACAGCGGCCGUACGCCAGUUAUCUUCCAGAUCCGGCGGAAUUUGUGGCCGAGAACAAUGCCUUCACAGAGCGACAGCUCCGCGACAUUUUCACAAAGUCCAACUUCAUGACAGUGGCUGUUGGCUUCUUUGUUGCCCUUCCUUUGAUGCUGCCGAUCGAUCCACGACAGCGGAUGCAGUCGCCAAAGAUGAAUCCGUCUCGUAUCCACACACCAGAGGGUCAGGUCGGCUGGGGAGGCGCAUGUAUGGCUUUGUACAAUGUGGAGAGCCCAGGUGGAUACAUGAACAUCGGCAUCUCAAUUCCAUGUGCUGACAUCCUUGGCUAUAAGAACAGUUAUUCGGCUGAUCGUCCAUGGCUGAUUGAGGACUUUGAUCAGGUCCAGUUCUACGAAGUAUCAGAGGAGGAGUAUAACAAGAUGCUGGCGACCUUCCAUUCGGGUCGCUAUGUGUACGAGGUGGAGGACGGCGAGUUCGACAUGAAGGAGCACAACAAGCUGUUGGAGGCGACCAAAGAUGAAGUCAAGAAAAUCCGCGAAGAACAGAGCAAGGCUCAGGCGGAGAUGACGAAGAAAGAGAACGAGCUGCUCGAGAAAUUGAGCAAAGAGAAAGAGGCUGGCCAGGUGAGCAUGGAUACCAUUGAUGAGUUGCUCAACGAUCCAGACAUCAUUCCUGUAGAGGCGCCCCUGAACGCGAACGUCUGGAAAGUGGAGGUCAAAGAAGGCGACACCAUCAAAGAGGAGCAGAUCGUCUCCAUACUCGAGGCAAUGAAGCUUGAAAUACCGGUCAAGGCAGAGGCGAGUAUGGCAGGUGCAACGGUAGAGAAGAUGAUUGUGAAGCCGACAGAUGUGGUGGACGCGGGUAAGCCGCUGAUGUUGUUGAGGAAGGCGAAGUAG